AUGAAGGAAGAUGGAAGAUUAAGUGCACUGCAGCAUGGGAUCUCAGGCGACCAAAUAUUAGAACGCGAAUACACAAACAGUGAAGCAGAAGAACAAGCGGGCUUUCGCGCGGGAGGAUCCGUCGUUGACCAUCUGUUUUGCGUCACCCAGCUUAUCGAGAAAAUGUCAGCCUUCAAUAAGGAGAUACAUCUCCUGUUCGUGGAUCUGAAGAAGGCAUACGAUACCAUACCGCUAACAAAACUUUGGGAGGCAUUAGACAAGACAAACCUAAGCGUCAACAUAAUAAGAUCAGUGAAAGAAUUAUAUAGAAACUGCCACAUUAAAGUCAAGGUCGGCCAAAAAAUAUCCAACAAGGGACUGAAACAAGGGUGUUCUGUAUCCCCCAGAUAUAUCUUGAACAGGCAUGACCAAGUCAUAAUGGCGCAAGACUACGAUGAUGUAGAAUACAUGAUGCGAAAACUGAUCGAAGAAUACAAGAAAUGGGGGUUGGAAGUAAACUUACCAAAGACAAAGUAUAUGUGUAUCGGUGGAGCACAAUGCGACCUCCUCUUAGAGGAUGCUCAGGCUAUCAAAAGCUGCGAAACCUACAAAUACCUGGGAAUGUACAUAUCCAGCAGUGGGACGUUAGACUACGCCAUUAAAGAACGCAAUAAUCAAGGAAGAAAGGCGAUUACUAUGCUGAACACCUUCUUGUGGGACCAAAAAAUCACGAGACGAAACAAACACUUAAUAUACAAUACGAUCAUUAAAAGCAUAGUCACAAAACAGUUAAAGUGGAAGAAGGAAGAGGGGAAGACCGAGAAAGAGCUGGAGAGAGGGCAUCUAUAG